AAAUGCUCCGUCGUUGUUGUGGUGUUGUUGACCCAUGUUGUGAUUCUGUUUGAUCAUCUGUUUCGUUUUUAUUUUAAAUGUUUUAUAAACAAAACUUUAGGUUAAAAAGUUUGCCAUCCGAUAGUUGGCUGAUGUGGGCAUUUAACUUCUGCAACAGUUAGCUGACAUCAUUUUUUAGCUAACCGGGUCCAUUUUAAUACUAUUAAUUCAAGUUAGCUUAGCUUCUUGAGCUCCCAGACACUGACUGGUUUGUUUAAUCAACUCUUAAAAUGUCAGGGGAAUCAUAAAAAGCCAAGAUGUGUUGUUCCGGAUUUCUCAAAAUUAUGAUGUUCGUCUUCAACGGCGCCAUCUUUCUGGCAGGUGCAGCCAUCCUGGGUGUUGGUGUGUGGGUGGAGGUGGACAGCGGCUCCUUGCUGGGUUUACUGGAAACCGUGGAAGACGCUCCGGAUGAGUUGUCCCAACUGGCUAAUGUCAGCUAUCUGCUCAUGGGCGCUGGUGCCGUGCUUUUGGUCAUCGGCUUUCUGGGCUGCUGUGGAGCYGUCAGGGAGAGCAGGUGCAUGCUGAUGAUGUUCUUCAUCAUUGUGCUGAUAAUUUUCCUCGUCGAGGUUGCAGGAGCCAUAGUGCUGUUUGUCUUCCAGGGCUUGACUGAUCAGCUUUUAAUGGAUGUGGAGAUCCAAGUCAUUAAAGAAAUUCGAGUGAAGUACGGAGAGGACGAGAAGAUGACAUCUCGCUGGAACGCCACCAUGAAAGAGUUCAAGUGCUGCGGAUACAAAAACUACACCGAUUUUGACGGCUCUCCCUUUCUGGAUCAAUAUAAGAGUUAUCCCGACACUUGCUGCUUCCAAAACGUCACUACCUGUACGGAAAAUAAUGCAGGAGCAUCGAAUAUUGGAGGCUGCUUUCAGAAAUUCAUGGACCUGAUAGAGGAGAACACUGUGAUCAUUGCAGCUGUGGCUCUUGGAAUAGCUGCUGUGGAGAUUGCUGCCAUGGUGGUUUCACUGAUUCUCUACACAAAAGCUGGAAAAAAGGACUGAUGCUUCCUGACUGGAGAYCCUCUGUAAUAAAACCUCCCAACUGAUGGAAACGUUUCAGCAGGAGUUUUGUUCUGUUAAAAAGUUUGAUUUGAUUUAAACAGUUUAAUGARCAUUUGAUGCUCUACAUGACUUGAACAGUGAAAAAUUUAAAGGAGUUAUCAGAAGAUGUAAAAAAUAUUUGUGUCGACCUCGGUUUAUGUUUAUACUGUGAUUUAUUUAAGUCUGUUUCGUUCUGUCAGCUGAUGCUUUAUGUGCUGAUGCAUGUUAUAAUAUGUCAUGAGGCACAGUGUGGAGAAAUCUGACAAACAGAAUAAAUGUAUUUUGUAUGUGCUCAGUUAUUUUUUUAUUAAAUAAAAGACACUGUUGACUUGA